AUGCUUGGGCUUGGGCUUUGGGCUUGGGUGCGCAUUCCUCUGGUUCAGCCCUACCUUCACCACUCGCCGUCGUUCGCGUCAGUAAAGCACACAGAAGACAUGAGGAUCCCCUCUAUCUCCCUAUUUGUCUUUUUCUCGACCUUGAUCUCGGUCUCAUAUGGACUUCCAAACCUUGGUACCAGUUCAUUUAUGAACUCCAUGUCAUUUUUCAACACGAUCACCGGAUUCUCCGAAAGGACCGACUGGACACCACCAUGGUGGUUCGAUUUCUGGAGUGAAGCCAAAAAGCUCGGGAAUCGGGCCACUGAAUAUGCACAAAACGCACUGAAAGCCGCUGCCGAUGAGUACCCAGACGUGUCUGCCAACAUCCAGGAUUUCAAGGUCUCAGUGGAGAGGCUCGUCAACAGCACCGAGGUCUUCGAUCAACCACGAGAUGUAUUCGCGAUCACCGGAUUUGACAUGGGGGAGUUCACUGAGAAGUUCUCGCUCGAAAUUGAGCGAGAAUUGGAGAAGCUGAAGAAGGAGCUGCAGGAACCACUCCCUGAGGACGCGACAGAACGUUCUCGCAAGCGCGAAGCUGCAGUCUCUGUGGUCCUGGAUCAUAUUGAAGGGGUGCUGGUUCGAGUAUACCGGAUGUACAAUGUUCCCGAACUCGAGGUUAGAGCCAAAUUUGGUGAGGUCAGGCCGCACAUCAAGCACGUUGUGCUCGUCGUUGGAAAUGUUGCCGACAAGCAUCCUAUGCUGGUCGAGCUGCUUAUAUUCAGUGCUAUCACCGUGGUCUUUCCGGAAGGUUGGAUCCUCAGACCAGCCCUGCGUCUUCUUGGAUUUGGAUCUGCAGGGCCUGUGGGGGGAUCGGCUGCUGCCUGGGCACAACGCUUCUUCUUUCGCAGGGCAAUUCCAGCGAAGAGCUGGUUCUCUAUGCUUCAAAGGGCAGGGAUGACAGAACCAGGCAUACUGAAGAAAAUCAAGAUUUUGUUCGGGAAGUUGUUUGGCUAG